CCGUCCUCAUACACUAUCUAGCUGACUACACGGCGAUUCGGGAGUGGUGCAGGAGCGUCGAGAGCUGCAGACGAAAACAGCAUGGACGGUGCACAGUAACGCGACUCCGUUACAGACAGCAAGCCAGAGACUUUAGCGUAUUUGGAUCCUCACUGCUUCGGCUGGCGUGAUCUCAGAAUGCGUGGUGCGCGUGACGGGACGUCGGCUGCGUGAAGCGGCGCGCGUGACGCCUGUUGUUAAGGUGUUAAUGCUAGCAGGCUAACUUCAAGGGGAGUGUCCGUCCAGUUCCAGUGAAUAAAGACUGCUAAAGAUUUACUGCAUCGUUUUAAGGUAUUAUAUUGCACAGACAGUUCUUCAGCAACUGUAUUUAUGCAACCAGCAAACCCUGGAAUGGGGAAUGGAGUACAGGAACAUCGGGGGGCGCUCACACAGGGCGAGGUGCUACAACGCUCCUCCUCCAGCCAGUCAGAGGGUUUUAAGCAGGGCCGGUCUGUGCUGAACUCGUUGCUCUCUGGGGCCUUCGCAGGAGCUGUGGCUAAAACAGCAGUAGCGCCGCUGGACAGGACCAAGAUCAUGUUCCAAGUGUCUUCAAACAGAUUUUCUGCCAAGGAGGCUUACCGGUUGAUUUAUCGCACCUAUCUGAAGGAAGGCUUCCUGAGCUUAUGGAGGGGCAACUCGGCUACCAUGGUGCGGGUCAUCCCCUACGCCGCCAUCCAGUUCUGUGCCCACGAACAAUACAAGAGGCUUCUAGGGGGUUAUUAUGGCUUUCAGGGAAAGGCUCUGCCUCCUGUGCCGAGACUCCUGGCCGGCUCACUGGCUGGCACCACAGCCGCCAUGCUCACGUACCCGCUCGACAUGGUGCGCGCCCGCAUGGCCGUCACGCCGAAAGAAAUGUACAGCAAUAUAAUGCACGUGUUUGGGCGGAUCUCCCGCGAGGAAGGGCUGAAGACGCUCUACAGAGGAUUCACUCCAACCAUACUGGGUGUGAUUCCCUACGCAGGCCUCAGCUUCUUCACCUACGAGACUCUUAAGAAACUCCAUGCAGAGAAAACCGGACGAGCUCAGCCUUAUUCUUAUGAGCGGCUGGCGUUCGGCGCGUGCGCCGGCCUCGUCGGUCAGUCGUCCUCUUAUCCACUGGACGUCGUGCGGCGCCGCAUGCAGACGGCAGGGGUGACGGGCCAUACGUACAGCACCAUCCUGGGCACCAUGCAGCAGAUCGUGUCGGAAGAGGGCGUCAUUCGCGGCCUGUACAAAGGACUGAGCAUGAACUGGGUCAAAGGGCCUAUCGCUGUGGGCAUCAGCUUCAUGACCUUUGACCUCACACAGAUUCUGCUGAGGAAAAUGAGCGCAUGAUGGCGCAGCACGCGGGGAGACGGUAUCCCUGACGCCUGCCCGUGUCUCUGUAUGGGACGCCUGGAAAGGGUCUUGUGUCAGACUCAGGAAGGAGGAGGAGGAGGAUGAGUGGAAACCAGCAGACGUGCUGCCAGAGGAAGUGAAGGUUUAUCGACAGACGCACAAGAACAGAGACGGGGAAUUUGGGGUUUCUACGUUUUGCAGGAAUGUGAAGUGACUUUUUAAGUUUAGUGAUUUUUUAUUUUUUUUGUUUUCUAAGUUUGAGAAUCUCUUGGUACACACUAUGUGUGUGUUUGAGCGCGCGAAAUAGGACAUAGAGUUACAGAGGGAGACAAAGCGAAUGUACGUAGUGUAUGAUCUCUUCCUUUAUACUGCUGUCUCACGAGUGUCCACACAGGAUCUCCUGUAACAGUGCAAUAUGUUCUUUCUCGAGCUGGGCGCUUAUACGCAUUUUUAUUUUUUAUGUCAGUGUUAUGUGUAUGACGCACACAUACAGUACAUGCAAGUUUAUGAAAACUUCACAUGCGUUUUUCAAACGAAACCCCUUCAUUCAGCCGAUCAGGAGAUUUUUUAGAUUGUGGGUAAGAUUGGUUAAAUAUGGCAACCAAUAAAAAUACAGAUGGGGCGGAGUUUAGGGCGUUGGGCUCAAGUGUCAAGUUUUCAAAAAUGAAUUAAAAAAGCCGACAGGUGCUGCUGAUGAAUAUACAAGCGCAUACUUGAACAAAAUUAUCCCAUCGUAUAUUGUGAUCGCUCAGCUCUGCUUUAUGAACAUAAAUCACUCCUUUAUUUCUAGAGAUACUUCCUGUAUAUGUCUUUUCUGCCUUGAUCACCAUACGCACCCAAACGAGCGUUUAAUUCCUCUCAGUUGUGUGAAUUUAAGACUUCAUAACUGAGAAGGUGUUACAGAAAACAGCAGUAAGGAUGUAACGGAGCAGAACGAGAGGAAGUUCUGGGAAAGUUUUGAGCAUCUCGCUGCUCUCGAUCUCCGUUGAUGAAUGAAGUCCAUUGAUUCUAUCUUUAUCCUGUGUGUGUGUGUGUGUGUGUGUGUGUGUGGUUUGUGUGUGUGUGGAGACGUUCGCACCACAGAGGGCUGAGAGCAGGUGUGUGAGAGGGAGAAAGAAAGAGCUGACCAGCUGUGAGCUGGCUUAUAGUGUGUGUGUGUGUGUGUGUGUGUGUGUUGGUGGGGGUUGUUGUUUCUCUAUUACACAUCUGUGCUUUAGUAGGUAUGCCACGGUGCAUAUUAAGGUGUGCGUGUGUGUGUUAAUUGUGUAUCAGAUGUAUAGUAGCUGUUGAUAAGGAGGAUAUACUAAGUGCCUACAGAGAAAGAGUAGAAUAAAACACAUCUUUUGUACCUUUAUUAUGGAUCUUUAGCUUUUUUAAAAAUAUGGAUUUAGUGCAGCUUUCAUUUUUAAAUUAAUUGACAUGCACAACUUGCCUGAUUCAAAGUAAAGCUUUGAAUAAGACUACACGCCUUUAUAGAUACAUAGUGAUGGUACAAAGUGUGUAUGAGUGAGGAUCCCACUUGAGAGACGAGGAUCGAGUCUUUUUGACGCAGGUAUACAUGCGUCUCCUCUGUUUUAAUCCUGUGCUGAUAACAGUGCAAUAGGCAAGAGCUCUUUCUGUGUAACCGUGUGAUAUAUAAUUUUAAACAUGUUAUUUUGUUUUAAUUGUCCCGGUUUUGACAUUUUUGCCGUUCUGUGGGUGUUUAAUUACUUCUGAGGAGACGUAAAGGAAUACUCUGGCACUUUGGUGGGGAUGUAGGUGUACAUGUGAUUUACUCUAAACUGGAAUUUCAACCACUUUAUCUGGAAAUGAAAGAACACAACAAAAAAAGGUUAUGCAGAAGACUUGAACAAAAUCGUGACUGAUCUUUAAGUGAACAGUUUGCUCAUAUUAAAGGCCUAAAACCGACUAACUUUUAAAGCGUUUCACAAGAACAGCUUCUGUCGUGUCUUCCUCGUCUUAGCACCGUUAUUGUUAAACUUGUGUUUUGCCGGUUGUGUUCACUUUGCCUUAGAUUCGAAUUCUGCGUGAGUUUUAACCGAACAGUUUUUCUGUUCUUUUUAUUUUGUCAAAGACAAAAAAAAACAUUUUACACCGUUUCUGUUCUGUAGUAGCCCUUUUUUCCGCCGAGGUGGUUCUGGAGCUGCUUCAGAGGCCAUGAGACGGAGAAAGCCGGUUCCAUAGCGGCGACAACACUUUGCUGGGCUUGAACAAAGAACUGUUUAUGUCAGGACCUGGUGGCUUUAGUCAUGACCAACUAAACGUUUGUGACCCCAUCUAUAAAAUUUUUUUACUCACUAUGAAUUAUUAUUUUAAUGAAUUGCUUGCAAAACCAUGUUGAAGUUCGCUUUUGCUGAUGAUGUGCUUUUUUUUUUUUUUGCUAGCAUCGCCGCUAGAUUUGCUGGGAAAGUAGAGACGUACACAGAUUUGUACAGUGACCUAAUUAUGUGAUUCACUAGCCCAUGGAAAGCCAUUUCUUAGAAGCUUUGCAAUUGAACCAGGUCUGAACUGUCACCAGACAUAAACUGGCACCUGGUUCACCUUGGUGGAAAAGGGUAGUGAUUAUGUUUGUUUAAAAAUGCUCUGAUGAAAAAAAUCCAAUGUGACUCGGGUUUAGUGUGUGUUCUUGCUGAUUCGUGUAUGAUGUAACCGGAGCAGUGGUGGUUCAGAUAGUUAAGGCUUUGAGUUACUGAUCGGAAGGUCAGUGGUUCGAGCCCCAGCACCACCAAACUGCCACUGCUGAGCCCUUGAACAAGGUCCUAAACCCUUUUUGCUCCAGGGGGCGUUGUAUUCUGGCGGACCGUGUGCCCUUCCUCGAGCUUCCUAACUGGCAUACGUAUGUGUGGAAAAAAAUCAUGUCACAGUUCUGUAACAAAUAAAUCAUAGAAUGUUAAUAAAGCAUAUUUAAUAUGUAGAGAGAGAGAGAGAGAGAGAGAGAGACUCAGGCUUAGAGGCUACGGUUUGCUCUUCACACUCUGUAUUAAAGAUUCUGUUAAAAUUUUAUAAAUAUAAAUUCCAGCACGAGGAGCUCGUUGCUAGCGGCAACCAUCGCAAAUGGAGCACAUCAAAUCUUCCAUAAUGUCAUAAAGUACAGUAGGUUAGACAUGUGGGUGUGUGUUGUACGCCGUCUUGCCUUGGAUGAAUCUCUGUUCUGUGGUAAAAGCACAUUUGCUACAAUUUGCAACGAAUCUAGACUGACUUUUAAAAGCGGUUAAGUAUUCCUUUAAUAGUAUUGAUUAUCGUCAAAGCUUUCUGACUGAGUGACGUGUUCAGUGUUAAUCCCUGCAUUUACUGCCUGAAGUCUGACACUCAGACUGUUGUUCAGUGCUGGUGAGUGUUUUGAUGUGUCGUGUGUUGCUGUAUGUGCCGUGAUCGUUUCCUUAUUCACACAAAUAACGUCAAGACAAGGUCAUAUGGAAUGUUUUUUUUAAUUUUUUUUUUUUAAAGCGAACAACAUUAAAUAAAAAAAAAAUGGUUAUGUUCUCUCUCUCUCUCUCUCUCUCUCUCUCUAUAUAUAUAUACUUCUCUUUUACAAACCUUAUCUCUUUAAAUUAAGAGUUUACUAACAGACAAUCACUUGAUGCCAAAGUACAGUUUGUGUGUUAAUCUGUUUGCUUUGACAUUUUAUGAUUACUGAUUUUUUUUUUUUUAAACUUGCAGUUUAACGAGACCUAGUAACACUUUUAAAAAAAAAAAAACUGUCAUUUUUAAAAAAAUCCAAUCCAAUCAUCCAUGUGCUUUCUUUAUCCCUUAACAGCAGGUACUCUGAACUCAAACACGUCUUGUUAACUUUAAACUAACUGGACUUGAGUGUAAACCUUUUAUAAGCUGUAAGUGAAAUGUAACCUUGUAGAAUAAACUCACUCGAUGAUGUUCAUCAGUGUGCUGGAA